AUGUCGCGCAUACAGAUCCCGCUCGACAUGAUCACGUCGCGGUUCAACUUCGGCGACCGCUUCGCGAGCGUGCGGUCGACGUCGCUGGCCACGCGGUUCUCCAACCUGCGGCCCCUGACUGAGUUCUUCGACGUCAAGCGGAUUUCGAAGCCGGAGAACUUUGCGGAGAUGCAGUCGCGCGUCAACUACAAUCUGGGGCAUUUUUCGAGCAACUACGCGAUCGUGUUUUUGAUGCUCUGCAUCUACACGCUGCUGACCAACUGGUGGCUGCUCUUCGACAUCAUCUUUGUCGUCCUGGGCAUGUUCCUCAUCGGCAAGCUGGACGGCAAUGACCUCGAGAUCGGCACGUUCCGGGCGUCGACGUCGCAGCUGUACACCGGUCUCUACGUCAUCGCCAUCCCGAUCGGGCUCAUCUCGUCGCCGUUUGCCACCAUCGCCUGGCUGAUCGGGGCCAGCGGCGUGGUGAUCAUUGGUCAUGCGUCUUUUAUGGACAAGCCCAUCGACGAGGCUUUUUCUGGGGAGCGCGGCGCCCGAGCGGGCAAGAACAACAACCGGGAUUCUUAUAUCAGCGACAAGGACAUUUGGAGUUCCUUCACCAGCGGCAGCCGCGUGGUGGAGGAGGUGGAGAGCAGCAGCAGCGGCGACGGCGGCGGUGGCGGCGGCAGUGGCAGAAAAGGGAAGGCCAGCCUAGCAAGAAGGCACCGGGGACAGGGCGUUUCGGAUGCAUUUUCAGCGGAUGCGGGAGUGACCCGGCGGCGAGGGAGAUUGAUGCAGGCAGAAUCAGGCUCGGACAAGGAUGACGACAGCUCCGAGUCGGAGUCGACGUCUGAGAACUCAGACUCCGAGUCGGACAUCAGCGAGCCGGGCGAGGAAGAAAAGGCGGCCUUGGCCAAGGCCAUGGCCCGUAUAGAGCGAGCCAAGGCCAAGGACAAGGCCCAGGUGAAGCUGAGCAAGAAGGAGCUGACGGCUCUGGGACGGCACAAGGAGCGGCUGCAGCGACUGGAGCAGCAGAAGAAGCGGCGAAAGGCGAAGAAGGAGAAGAAAGGGAGGAAAGACGAGAGAGAGCGGGUAGCGAUUCCGCUGGCGCAUCUGGACUUUCCGGCGAUGCGCACAAUCGGGAGGCCGCCGUCGCCACUUCUGUCGGGGGACGACAAGGGCGAAGCACGUCGCGUGCCUGGGGCAUUUGAGCGCGAGGAACGGCCGAAGAGCGAAGUGUAUCCGCCCAAGGGCCAGCUUCCGCCGCCACGACCGCUCUCGAUGGCCAGCGGUGUCGGUGGAUCGGACCGGCGACGCAGCGCGUCUCCCUUUACCUAUGCGUACCUGCGUGGCAGCGGAGCGGCGACGGCAUCGACAGCAGCGGCAGCCCGACACGUGUCUGACCCGACCGCAUCGCAGGGCAAUGUCAAUCCGUUUCUGUUCAUGACGGGAGAAACACAGACGCCGUACUAUGGGUCGGUGGCAGCGGCGGUAGAGCGGUUCGGCGGGCCAGCAGUGGCUGCCACUACAGCCCGGAGCCGCGUAGACCCGUUGCUGUACGAGGUGUCGGAGUCGAGCGGUCAGGACGAGACAGCGAGCGGCGACGAAGACAUGGGGGACAGGCGGCGUCGGUCAGUGGUGGACCACACACAGUCGCAGACUCGGAUGGUCGAUGACGGGUUGUCCAGACGGCGUGGACGGGAGGCCAUUGUCCAUGCGAGCGAGUCGGACUCGGAGGCCGGGGCAGAUGGGCGGGAACGGGACCGUGAACGGGAUCGUGAACGGGACAGGGAACGGGAGCCGGAGCUGCGGCCGGUACAAGAGUCCAAGGCGAAGAAGUCGAUGCGCAGCUCGUCGACGGCGAUGGCGUCCAAGCACAAGACCAGCAGGACGCGCAACAGCAGUCCCAGCGUGCAGCCGAGCCGUCGGAGACGGGCCAAGUAG